GGCUUCCCGGGGGCCGCCCAGGUGCCAGGUGUUCCGGGUCUGGGCUCCCCGGGGGCCGCCCAGGUGCCAGGCGCUCCGGCUCUGAGCUCCCCGGGGCUGGCCUCUGGGGAUGCCCUUCCAAAGGCAGGAUCUUCCUUGAAGACGAGACGUUCUGCGAAAGGUGGGUGUCUCUACAGACUUUUUGGGCGGACGCGGCUGCAGGAGCUCGGCCGAGGGAGGGCCCCUGAAUCGGACCGUUAGCUCCCGCUGGCACCGGCCUGGCACCUGGAGAGGUGGCGGCUGUCAGGAAAGGCCCUCGGUGGAUGGCAGGGCUGAGGUGGGCCGCGGGCAGCCAGCCAGUUCUGUCUCCCCUAGAGGACGCCUUCUACAGCCGGAGGAGAAAUCGGAACCAGAAGUUUCUCUUCCUCGAGGCGGAGAAGAAGAAGGCCUUUUGGGAGGCCCACGUGGUGCAGCACAGGCACUACGGCGCGCGGACCACCUGCACCCACCUCAGGAAGAAGUACUACUGGCCGGGCAUGGCCCUCGACGUCAAGAAGUGGGUCAAGAUGUGCAGGAGAUGCCUAGACAAAAGCAUACGGACCGCGGCCCACAAUGCCCUGGAAGCCGGAUCGCAGCAAGCGCCUCAAGGAGACGGCAGGAUGGAUCACUUCCCGCUAGCCCAGGUACCGGGGCGGGGGCAGCGGGGGAAGGGGUUCUGGUUUCUGGCAGCUCCAGAGCUGGGGUGGAUCAUUUUUAGUUGUUCUUUUCUCAUCAGCAGAAGUUGCACGUUCUCUCCCCUCAAGGAGGGAGACCCAAAGCAGCCCCGCGAGGCGCUCUCUGUCCCUCCCCCCGGGCUGCCACUUCUGUGCCCGGGUGGGGCCGGGGAAUCUUUACCUCCUUGGGGCCAGUUCAGGGGAGCGAGGGUCCAUCAUCGGCUCCUCCCCACCCUUACACAGGCUUCUCUCUUUGGUGCCCCUGGCGCCCAGGCUUCCUUCCUGCCCCCGUCCCACACAGUUCCCCCCGGGCUUUCCCUGAGUGUUUCCUUGUGCUCGCCGAGCCCCUAUCCGAGCCCGGGCUCUUCUCCCCCCUCCGCAGGAACAAGGGCUCUUCACCUUUGUCAGCUUGCAGCUCCUGGGGCCCCUGCGGCAGACGGCCCAGGGAUUCUGCUUCGCCUUCGUGGCCGUGGACUACUUCACCAAGUGGGUGCGCGCCGCGCCCAUGCAUUCCUGCUCCGUCAGGGAGACCAGCGCGCAGAUCCUGGAGCUGGUGAAGAGGUUCGGGUUGCCAGAAGGGAUCAUCAGCACCGCGUCGAGCAGUUUCAUCCUCCAGAUAAACAAAUUUUUGAAAAUGGCUUUGAAAAUGCAAAACAGCCUGGUUGUUAAAUACAAUCCCCAAACAGAUGGGUGCCUGAAAAGCAUCAGGUCCUUUGUGACUAGGAUCCUUUCUCUGGUGCUGAUCAUGAACCCGACCGACUGGGACCACCACCUGCAUAAGAUUUUCUUCCUCCAGAACCGGUGUUCGGACUACUUCGAGGAGGAAGACGAGGGUGACCUGAGGAAGCUCCAUGGCGAGUCACCAGGGGCUGCCUGGGCCCCACCCCCGCGGGUCCCAGAGCCCCCACAGCCCUCCCCAGAAAGCCAGAGGGACCCCCCGGCCAAAGCCCAGGGCGAGGACACCUGUUUGUAUUGUUGCCGGCUCCCGGACGAGGGGGACAGUGACGUGUUUGCCGUGGUGCAGUGCGACAGGUGCCCGGCGUGGGCCCACGAGCAGUGUGUGCGGAGGCAGCUUGGACGGGUGGACCCCAAAAUUAGCCUCCGCUGCAAAACCUGCCUCCUGGCAGUUGUUGGGGCGCAGCCAGGGCCCCAGACCCCCAGGGCUCUGGGAGCGGGGGACGGCGGGGCAGGCAGCGUGGGGCCCGCGGGGGGGCCGGGCCCCCAGCGUGGCCCAGGUGUGCCCAGCCAUCAGCUUCCCCCUUCCAAGUAGCUGGCGGGCCCUGAGGCCGCACGAGUGCCGGCUCCGGCUGGGACUGGCAAAGUCGCUCGGGCCAACGCCCGUCCGGCCUCCUCGAUAGCCGACAUCUGGUUGUUCCCAGUUUUUCACAUCUGUUUUUCAAACUCCGAGCUCCGGAUUCUCUGACCUGGUGCCCCCCGGGGGACCUUUGUGGGUGGGAGUCCGAGACUUCUGGGAAACCCUCCAUUUUCCCUCUGGUUUCCAUGAAGCUGGGACGGUUGAAAGUGGCCAAGGGCCAUCACUUGGGCGCCCGCCUGCCGGGGGGGCCGCUCUGCCCACUGCGUGGGCGCAGGAAGCCAUCACACCGGGAGUGCGUCUCUGGCCCAGGACCCCAGGCCCACCACCUCCUGACAAGGAGCGUUCCUUUACCCGUCUGUGGGGCGAUUGCUUGCAGUUUUGCUCUGCCCAAAUGGGGCAUUAAAACAAUCUUUCAUUUGUUUGUAAGUCCCCGCGCCGAGCAGUUGUCAGCGGCCCCGAGGGCCCGUUUGUCCGUCCCGAGUCUGAAGUCUCAAAAAUUAGAUAAAAUUGUCAAUGGCUUCAUCAGACAUUGGGAUGGAAACC